AUGUAUAGUACACUGUCUGUGAUCUAUAGUAUACUGAGUGGGAUGUAUAGUACACUGUCUGUGAUCUAUAGUAUAUUGACUGGGAUGUAUAGUACACUGUCUGUGAUCUAUAGUAUAUUGAGUGGGAUGUAUAGUCCACUGUCUGUGAUCUAUAGUAUAUUGACUGAUAUGUAUAGUCCACUGUCUGUGAUCUAUAGUAUAUUGACUGGGAUGUAUAGUACAUUGUCUGUGAUCUAUAGUAUAUUGAGUGGGAUGUAUAGUCCAUUGUCUGUGAUCUAUAGUAUAUUGACUGGGAUGUUUAGUACACUGUCUGUGAUCUAUAGUAUAUUGAGUGGGAUGUAUAGUCCACUGUCUGUGAUCUAUAGUAUAUUGACUAAUAUGUAUAGUCCACUGUCUGUGAUCUAUAGUAUAUUGAGUGGGAUGUAUAGUACACUGUCUGUGAUCUAUAGUAUAUUGAGUGGGAUGUAUAGUCCACUGUCUGUGAUCUAUAGUAUAUUGACUGGGAUGUAUAGUACACUGUCUGUGAUCUAUAGUAUAUUGAGUGGGAUGUAUAGUCCACUGUCUGUGAUCUAUAGUAUAUUGACUGAUAUAUAUAGCACACUGUCUGUAAUCUAUAGUAUAUUGACUGAUAUGUAUAGCACACUGCCUGUGAUCUAUGAUAUAUUGACUGGGAUGUUUAGUACACUGUCUGUGAUCUAUAGUACAUUAACUGGGAUGUUUAGUACACUGUCUGUGAUCUAUAGUAUAUUGACUGGGAUGUAUAGUACACUGUCUGUGAUCUAUAGUAUAUUGACUGGGAUGUAUAGUACACUGUCUGUGAUCUAUAGUAUAUUGACUGGGAUGUAUAGUACACUGUCUGUGAUCUAUAGUAUAUUGACUGGGAUGUAUAGUACACUGUUUAUAUAUAGUACACUGUCUGUGAUCUAUAGUAUAUUGACUGGUAUGUAUAGUACACUGUCUGUGAUCUAUAGUAUAUUGACUGAUAUGUAUAGCACACUGUCUGUGAUGUAUAGUAUAUUGACUGGGAUGCAUAGUACACUGUCUGUGAUCUAUAGUAUAUUGACUGGGAUGUAUAGUACACUGUCUGUGAUCUAUAGUAUAUUGACUGGGAUGUAUAGUACACUGUCUGUGAUCUAUAGUAUAUUGACUGAUAUGUAUAGCACACUGUCUGUGAUCUAUAGUAGAUGA